AUGGCAUCCCCAGGCGCUGCCGUCAUUCCCGCACCCACGGCUCUCGACAACUCAAGCAUGCUCCACAACCUUACUCAAUGGACUUUACAUCACUUGCGAUUGCCUGUCAACGUCUCGCGAUAUGCCGAAGACCUGCUCCUCGCCGGGCCUAGGAUGCUAACCAAGUUAGGCUCCAUCAUAUCUUAUGCGGACACCGUCGACGGGUUCGGCCAGCGAGUUAUUCCCGAUCCCACCGGGUCCGACCUGUUCCUUACCACCGCCAUAGUAGGAAGUACGACUUCCGACCUGGCCGCCGAAGCCUCCGUUGCUGCCGCCACGGUCGCAGAGAUAGUAGACCAGGACCCAGGCGCCAUGGCAUCUCGGCUGAGCUUGGAAGGGGCAAAGGGGCUGGGGAGCGUAUUCAGCUAUGCGACAAGCAAAUGGGCGCUUUGUUGCGUAGCCAUGGCCAUCAUACUCAACAGGACGCACAUCUUCGCCGCGAGCAGACGCCGACUUCGCUUGGCAUGGCACAUCCGCUUCCUCCUCCGCAUCCUCCCCAUUGUCUGCUUCCUCUACCAAGCUCGAGAAGUCUUACAGUCGAUGCAAUGCCAAACGUCACCCGACUUCGCCGAAAUGCGCUGGGGCAAUGCAAGCAAGUCAUCGGACUUGCUGUUCACAGAACCAGGAGGUUAUCUACAUACAAUCAGCUCAACCCUACUGCUGGGAGCUAGCGACUACGACUCUUGCCGGGCAGUUAACAUGGUCCCAGACGAGCAUCAGGUCUCUGCCAGUGAGCUUCGUGGCUCAUUGUCCCUUCUAUGGCCCUUGUUCGGAACCUUUUGCUUGAGUCACUUCUUGGAGACUGUGUCAUGCGCCGUACAAGGCCGUCCCGUGGCUGUGGAGACGGGCAUGACACUCUUUGAGCACUCUCUCGCUUUUGCGGAAGCCGAUGCUGCUGUGAGUAACCAGUUGGGCUGGGGACUGUUCGGCAGCGGCGGCAGCCCCAACGUCACUUUCACCCAGGGGUCCACGGGCGCCAGCAUAGCCGUGUCUCGGUCCAUGAUCAUGAAGAGAGUCAAUACGCCCCCAGAGAUUCUCCUCGUGGCAUUCCUAUCCGCUAUGAGCCAUGUGACCAGCCAUGUGCUUGGAGUCUUCAAUCUACAGCACAGAUUCCGUCUCGUCAACACAGGCUUUUGGGCCAUGUGUUUUAUGAGCAGCAUUGUGUUCGAAGCAUUCAAUUUCUCUUUAGAUGACCCAUCCAACAUGGGUCUCUUCAGGUUUCCGACAGUCUGUAUCAUUGGUUUUAUUCCACAUGUCAUGGUCUUCGUCGGCAUUUUCAUCUGUGCCCUGAUCUAUGGCAUUGCGCUUGUUCUUUCGGCACUCUCGCCGCCCCCAGUGCUAGAAAACGCCCAGCAGCUCAAGUUCAGGCAACGCCUACGCCUGGCACAUGAGAAUAUGCAAGCCAACAUAUCAUUGUCCGACAUCCGUGUCAGCCGUGAUAUGGACUUCUACACGGCUCUGCUAAGGAUAGGUUUCGGGGUUAUCACAAUGGCCAGUGAAGCUGUUUAUCUCAACGAGGACCGCAGUGUCAACAUCAAGCAGCUUACAUGGUUGGAGGAGGAGCGUUUCAAAGAACUGGAAAAGUUCCGAAUGCAGUGGACGGGAUCCAACUUGGGCGAUUCACGAUAUGAUCAGGCAGGCACAAUCGGUCUCAUUCCGGUCAAGGACAACCAGCUCUCCGCCUCAAGUGGCUACGCGAGGGAGCGUGCCGCGCAGAAAAUCCCGAAAACUAGAGCAGGAGACAAGAGAGUGAAGGAUGGCGUGGGAGCAAUCGAGCGGAGCUCGCGGUGGAUACUUGCGCUUGAUUUCAUCCUGAACAUCAAUCGUCUGAUAUUACGGUGGCUUUCUUUGGUCAUUUUACGGGGCCUUGCUGGGGUGGGAAUAAGAGCACGACCUCGCUUCCUACUCUGGGCGUCGCGCCGACCUAAGCCGAGUAAGAGGGACGAGCAAAAAGCAGAAACGACUGCGACAGCAAGCUCGAGCGGCCGAGACAAUCAGUCCAUGCUCUAUAACGAUGAGGGUGCCGACGUCGAGUCCGAAAUGAUGCUGCGUCUGAGGCAUACCCCCGAAACAGCCAACAUCUCUUGGGCAGAUAUCGACAAACGACUCUACCAAACAUGGAAGCACGGAGGACUCUGGGGGUCAGUAGACACAAGUGGCGAAUGGGAGCCAGAAUCAGACGCAGGAGAUUGGGACACCACCAGUUUGCUCGACAGUACAGCAGGAAGCGAGGUUGGCGCAAAUGAUCGCGAUACAUAUCCAUGGGAAGAUGAGGACGAUCUUUCUGACGGACAACGCACACCAACACAGCGAUCUCAUCUCACCUCCAGGGAACAUACGCCUCUCGAUGCGAGCAUAGCUAUGAGCGACCUGGCUCGUCUCCUUAAUCCCUCAACUGCAGAGGAACGUCAGGAGGCCCAAACGCUUGCUGCUCAUUUGACAAGCGACCGCAUCAUGACGCGAUCGGCGUAUGCACGCCAGCAGGCGGCGCAGCGGACGCGAAUCCUUACCACAGCUGUUCGUCCCGGCCGCGAGCGCAACCGGAGGAUGACGCCCGAAGAAGAGGCGGAAUCGCUCGAGCAGCUCAUCCUCUCCCGCCGCUCUGCACCUCCCGCGGGUCGUCCCACACAAAAUGAUCUAGACAACGGCACCGAGAACACGGGCUCUUGGGCUGGGUUGGGUGAUAAUAACGGAGAAAACGGACCGCAAUGCGUUGUCUGUCACAGCUCGCCCCGGACAGUCAUCGUGUGGCCUUGCCGCUGUUUGAGCCUCUGCGAUGAAUGCAGAGUCACGUUGGCCAUGAACAACUUUGACAAGUGUGUCUGCUGCCGCAGAGAGGUCAUCAGCUUCUCGAGGAUUUAUGUGCCUUGA